AUGUCCCUUUCCUUCAUUUUCCUUCUUCUCAUAACUCAUCAUCUAUCUCCAGCAUCUGCUCAAUCCUCAAGCAUCGAUGAUACUUUACAUACAUACAUAGUUCACGUCGAACCUCCCCCCGAAACUGCUUCUCUUUCAUCUUCUUCCUACUCCGACAACCUCAAAAAAUGGUACAAAACGUUUUUACCUCCGUCAACUGCCGCGAGCUCAGCUACCGAGUCUCGGAUACUUUACGCGUACAAGAACAUCGUUACCGGUUUCGCAGCCAGAUUUACCGAGCAAGAACUCGCUGGAUUGCAGGAAAAACCAGGCUUUCUGCACGCGUAUCCUGACGGUAUGGCAAGGCUGCAGACCACGCACACGCCCUAUUUCUUGGGCCUGCACCGUGACCGUCCGGGGCUCUGGAAUCACUCCGGCUAUGGCAAGGGCGUCAUCAUCGGCGUGUUUGACACGGGCAUAUUGCCGAGCCAUCCGUCCUUCAGCGACGACGGGAUGCCCCCGCCGCCAGCAAAAUGGAAGGGUGUUUGUGAAUUCAACGCCUCGGAUUGCAACAACAAGAUCAUCGGCGCCCGAAACUUCAUCAAAGGAUCGAGUAGCAUGAGUUCAUCUGCGACUGAUACGGCAGCAGAUGGACCGAACGAUGUCGAGGGACAUGGGACGCAUGUGGCAAGCACGGCUGCUGCACGGGAAUAUUCGGUCAGGAGAACGCGAAUGGACUGUAUAGAAUGUUGUCGGCUCAAGCCAAUGGAACGCUGCCCUGGUGCAUGGCCACCGCUCCCGCCCUCAUCUUGCUAUUUUAUAAAGUGUGUUCGCGACAGAGAAUGCGCGACUUCGGAUAUUUUGGCAGGGAUGGAUGCUGCGGUCGAUGACGGAGUCGACAUCAUGUCGCUCUCCAUCGUCUGGACGUCCAUGCCUUACUAUAGCGACCCUAUGGCCAUUGGCGCGUUCAGCGCUGUCGAGCGUGGCAUCUUUGUUAGCUUUGCAGCGGGGAACGAUGGCCCUGGCUACUCCACUCUGUCAAACGAGGCGCCAUGGAUUCUAACCGUUGGUGCGAGCACCACAGACCGAUCCAUUCGGACGAUGGUCGAGCUCGGCAACAAGGUGAGCUUUGAUGGGCAGUCAGCUUAUCAGCCAUCGAACUUCUCUCGUUCGCCGCUUCCGCUGGUGUACCCAAGCUUACUAAAUCUAUCAGCCACUUUCUGCUCGAACAGCUCACUUGACAGCGUCGACGUCCGAGGAAAAGUCGUUGUGUGCGACAAUGGCAACGUCGACUUGAUCGAGAAAGGAGAAAACGUGAAGAAAGCAGGAGGUGCUGCUAUGAUCAUCGCCAACUAUCGCUCAGACGGGGACACCACUGAUGCUAUCCCCCACAGGACAUUUGUGUUUAAGCUAAACUCAUGCCAAUUGUAA